AUGAGACUCAACCUCGUCGCCAUCGCCAUCACUCUCACAGCGGGCAACCUAGCCACAGCGACCCCCAUCGCCUGCACCGAGUGGAAACGCGACCUCAUCCUCAAAGGCGAGCUCCCGCCGGAGGCCUGCUGCAGCUACGGGCGAUGCGUCCGCGACGUGGUCGUUGCCAUGUUCUAA